AAUAGUUUUUAUUAACAUACUGCUUAAGCAUGACACCGCUAGAAGACUACUAUAACAUCCGGGCACCAUUGAUUACCAUUUCAAAAAUGAUAGGUGCUGAAGUUUGGACCUCUGAGAAAUACUUAACACCUGCAUCGUAUAUGUUGAUGGCCCACAUGAUUAUCUAUAAUGUUUGUAACGGGUACACCGUACUCACUCAGAACUCGGAUCCAGUCAAGCUGAUGCAGGUUACAAUCAUCUUCGGCAUUGCUUCACAGUUGAUCUUCAAAUUUUUCUAUGCUAUUUCAAAAAAGUACAGUAUCCGGAAAAUGUUCGAUACCGCGGAAGAAACAAUUUAUGAACGCCACUCCAAAGGCAACAAGGAGGAAAUUCUGAUUCUCAACAAAACAGUGCGAUAUCUGGGAAUCAUUUGGAAAUGUUUAGCCGUUGUCUACUCUUCGACAUUGUUCGUUUUCGGUAUGUGGCCCGUUUACGUGUACUACACCAAAGGGCAGAUAGUGCCCCUGUUUCUGUACGAAAUUCCGUUGAUCGAUUUUGAAAGCACAUUCGGAUACUUACUGCAUAUGUUCCUACACGUCGACAUUUACAUACUGGGAAUCCUCGGAUCAAUUCUGGCCGACUACACGUUCAUUUUUAUUGUUUUCCAUGCUGUGGCGUAUGUGGAUUUAUUUAUUCUUCAUGCAAAGGAGUUGUCUGACUUACUGGUCGAAAAUAGUUCGACAAAAGACCUGAAGGAAAUUUCGGAGAAAUGGAAAGUGUGCAUGCGUGAUCAUCAGUUAGCCACCGAAUACCUCAAUGGUACCGAAGACAUAGCUGGAACGCUCUGUUUGGUACAGGUAUUCUCGUGCGUAUUCACAAUCUGUGACGCGAUGCUUCUCGUUGCUCUGACUGAUUGGUAUGCGGCUGUUUGUUUCUUGAUUGUGGUUUUCGGAGAGAUAACGAUCUAUUUCCUGGUUGGAAAUUUAAUCGAGCUGAAGGUUGAUGAGCUCUACGACUCGGUAGUCGGUUUACCUUGGAAUUUGCUCGACAACAUGCAGCAGAAGGAAUAUGGUUAUUUGCUUGCUCGUACACAAAGGCCACUAAUAUUGACCUUACUUGGAUUCGCUCCGUUAAACUUCGAAAGCUACAUGACGGUUUUGAGAGCUUUGUAUCAGUUCUUCGUGAUGAUUUUGCAGUAUGUUGAAUAAGCUGUAGAGCAGCAUAUAUUUUUAUAGAAGUAAUCAAAAUUCUCAUUUAAUUUUUUUGAAAUAUAUUCAUUAAGAAAAAUAAAAACAACAUUUAAAUCUACCUAGGUGUCUAGUCUAGUCUGUUCCACAUGGUGGAGACUUGGUAGAUUUGAUCUCUGUUUCUUAAUUUGCAUGUAACUUUGAAUCGUUGGUGUGUUCCACUGUAUUUGGAAACUAAUGUUUUGUGGCUACUCAGUCUAGACAAAAUCAAAACACUGUUAUGUUAUUUUGUCCGACGUUUCGGUCCGUUUGGGACCUUCUCCAGGGACUCUGGAAAUAUUUAUUUGUUGGUACGAAUUUUUAUAACUUCUUUUAAAACAUUAAAAAUUUUUUUUUUUUGAAAAAAUGAUUUUUACCAAUAGUUACAGUGUUCUCGUCCACUGUGGUUCGGCAGCUGUAACUGUCGCAUGGAUCGAGUUUCUGUUGAACGACAAGAUUUGUGUUUGAAAUUUCAAUAUCCUCCCACGCGAUUUGUUCUAGUGUACUUACUCCCGCACAAUCGCAGCCAAAUCGGAUGCCCUAUCGGAAAGAAAACUCGGUCCAAAGUUAGCACUCUGGAAUUUAGUACCUUACCCGAGAACGAUCACCAUUGCUUUUCGCUUUCCUCUGUGGUAUUCGUGUGCACUAUUUUGUUUGUUGGUGUGAGUGACUAAAACUAUUGAGUUGUCCAAAAAAUGUCUCACUAAACCUAAUGCAAGCCUAUCCAUAUACGGGAGAACAAAAGAUGUUUACAAAGUUCUUACAGAUAGAUUAACACGGGAAAUCUGAACACAAACCACUACCACACAGGGAUUUGGAUUGGU